AUGUGAACGAGUGUAGCACCGAGAAGGGUGGCUGCCACCACCACUGCUGUAACACCAUUGGCAGCUACUACUGCAAGUGCCCCGCUGGCCACCAACUGCAGGAGGAUGGAAGAUCGUGUGGAGACGUUGACGAGUGCGCGGCGGUGAACGGAGGCUGCCAGCAAGGCUGCGUGAACACCCCGGGCUCCUUCCAUUGCGAGUGCCGCGCCGGGCACCGGCUGCACGCCGACGGGCGCACCUGCAUCGUGAUAGACCCCUGCGCAAGCGGGAACGGCGGAUGCUCCCAGAUCUGUCAGAAUGAGAGAGGUGUUGCAAAAUGCGAGUGCCAUCCAGGGCAUUACCUUUCUGCAGACAGAAAGUCCUGUUUAGACAUCGACGAGUGCGCGGAGGGCGGCGCCGGCUGCGCCCAUCGCUGCGUCAACGCGCCGGGAUCCUUCGCGUGCGCCUGCAAGGCCGGCUUCGAGCUGGGCGCCGACGGCAGCCAGUGCUACCGCAUCGAGCUGGAGAUCGUGGCCAGCUGCCAGGACAGCAACGGCGGGUGCUCGCAGCGCUGCGAGCAGGCGCGCGCGGGGCCGCGCUGCUCCUGCGGCCACGGCUACCUGCUCGCCGCGGACGGCAAAACCUGCACGGAUGUGGAUGAAUGUCAUCUGCAUAAUGGGGACUGCGACCAUUUCUGUGUGAAUUCUGUGGGAUCCUACGAAUGUCUGUGCAAGGAGGGCUACAGGCUUGGUGUUAACAGGCAGUCCUGCAUCUGUAACGCCGACGUGGAGGCGGACGCGGACGUGGCCUUGGUGGCGAUUCCCGGCCUGCAGUUCAGGCACCCUCCGCAGCUCCUUCGCUACACGCUCGAGCCCUUCCCUGAGGAUGAAGAGGAGCGAGGAGAGCUCACGCUGGUGCACCGGGCUGUUUGCCUUGAUAACACUUUUGGCACGGACUGUAGCUUGAGCUGUGCAGAUUGUAUGAAUGGAGGAAAAUGCAACAAUGAGAAGAGUGGCUGCGUCUGCUCACCUGGGUGGAAUGGCAUUAUCUGUAAUGAAACUUGCUCCCCUGGGACGUAUGGGACAGACUGUGCUGGGGUCUGUAAGUGCCAGAACGGAGGCUCCUGUGACCCUGUGACAGGGCAGUGUCGCUGCCCGCCCGGCAUCCGCGGGAAGCUCUGCGAGGAAGGCUGCCCCAAGGGCUUCUUCGGGAAGAGCUGCAGGAAGCCGUGUCACUGCGCCAGCGGCGGCCACUGCCACCGCCUCUACGGAGCCUGCCUGUGCGAGCCCGGCCGCUACGGGCGCUUCUGCCAUCUGACGUGUCCCAGGUGGGCCUAUGGAGCUGGCUGUUCAGAGGAAUGUCAGUGCGUGAGAGCGAACACCCUGGAAUGCAACACAAGGAACGGUGCUUGCACCUGUAAACCUGGUUAUCAAGGCAAAAAGUGUCAGAAAGAGUGCAUGCCUGGCUCUUAUGGAGCUGGCUGCAAACUGCAAUGCAGUUGUCCUCCUGACGUUCCCUGCGAUCACGAGACAGGAGUCUGCCAGCACCAGUGCCCACCUGGUUUUCAUGGAGAAAAAUGCCUUUUACCUUGUCAGCCUGGGAGGUUUGGUGUCAACUGCAGGCAGAGCUGCCGCUGUGGAGAAGCAUCGUGCGAUUCAAAGACUGGGCAAUGUAUUUGCCCAGCUGGGAAAACUGGUGCUACGUGUGACCAAGAUUGCCCUGAUGGUUGGUGGGGAUUAGGCUGUCACUCUCCCUGUGAGCCCUGUGCCAAUGGAGGACAGUGUAACAAGGAAACUGGAGCCUGUGACUGCCCCCCUGGUUACACUGGAGAAUCCUGCUCAUCUCGCUGCCCCGAGGGAACCUUUGGCCCAGGCUGCGAGCGGGACUGCGAGUGCCAGAACGGGGCCGCGUGCGACCACGUGAGCGGGGCCUGCGCGUGCGCGGCCGGCUGGACAGGAACGCUCUGUGGAAAAGCUUGUCCAGAUGGAUUUUUUGGACUUGACUGCCACCAGGUGUGCAACUGCCAGAACGCAGCAAGCUGUGACCACGUCCUAGGAACCUGCCACUGCCUCCCCGGCUGGGGGGGAGAGAAGUGCGACCAGCCCUGCCAGGGUGACAGUUACGGGAAAGGCUGCAGUCACGCUUGUAAUUGUCACCACGGAGCGCUCUGUGAUCCCGUAGCUGGGACGUGUAUUUGUGCAGCGGGAUGGAGGGGAGCCACCUGCCAAGAAGCCUGCCCGCCGGGUUGGUUCGGCGCCAGCUGCUUGCAGCCCUGCCUGUGCCCCCGCCGGGCCACGUGCGACCCAGUGACCGGCGCGUGUCUGUGUCCCCAGGGCUGGACGGGGAUGGCCUGCGAGCGGGAGUGCGAGGAUGGGAAAUACGGAGAGGGCUGUGAGCAGAACUGUAGCUGCCACCAUGGAGACUGCGACCGGCUUUCAGGGAAGUGCAUCUGCCACACGGGCUGGACCGGGGACCGCUGCGAUGUUGUCUGCCCCGCUGGCUUCUUCGGGAAGCGGUGCGAGGAGCGGUGUGACUGUGUGCACAGCUCGUCCUGCGACCAUCAGACUGGCGCCUGUCACUGCGAAAAGGGGUGGCGAGGGACGCGGUGUGACAAACCUUGUUUGCCAGGCUACUAUGGCCUGAGCUGUGCCCAGCAGUGCACUUGUCCUGCGGGUGUCCCCUGCCAUCACACAACGGGAGAGUGUGGCUGUCCACGAGGAUUUACCGGCGACAGCUGUGAAAAGACUUGUUCACCGGGCACGUACGGGCAGAACUGUAACCGCGUGUGUCGGUGCUCAGCGGAGAAGGAGGAGUGUGACCCGGUGACGGGCAGAUGCGCCUGCCGGCCGGGGUACUUUGGAGCCCGCUGCAGGCACAGGUGUCCAAAAGGUACUUACGGUUCCUCCUGCCAAAAAUCCUGUAAAUGCCUGAACGGAGGCCACUGCGACCCUGCGACGGGCACCUGCGACUGCGCGCCGGGCUUCAUCGGAGCUGACUGCAGCGAGGCUUGCCCUGGAAAUCGGUACGGGAAGGACUGCGCCCUGUUCUGCUCCUGCGGCCGAGGUCGGUGUGACCCACGGACUGGCAACUGCUCUUGUCCCCCUGGCCAAACGGGAGCAGGCUGUCAGCAAGUGUGUCCCCAGGGACAAUAUGGCCCCAACUGCCAGCUGACGUGCACGUGUCAGAACGGCGCUGCCUGUGAUCAGGUGGAUGGGAGCUGUGCUUGUGGCCUUGGCUGGACUGGGAGCUCCUGUGAGAAAGAAUGUCUCCCGGGUAAAUACGGACCUGGCUGCCGCUUGGACUGCCCGUGUCGGAACAACGGCACCUGCGACAGGUUCACGGGCUGCUGUCGGUGCCCCGAGGGUUAUUUUGGCCACGCGUGUGAGCACAGGUGCCCCCUUGGAUUUUAUGGGCUAAACUGUCUUCAGGCCUGUGGCUGUAAGAAUGGAGCUAGCUGCAAUGCAGUGACAGGACAGUGUAUUUGUCCUUUAGGUUUUCAAGGUGUCUACUGUGAAAAAGGCUGCGAGGCCGGGUGGUUUGGAGAGAGGUGUCAGCUUCGGUGUGACUGCGGAGGAGUUCCCUGUGAUCCCGUCACUGGAAAGUGCCUUUGCCCGCCCGGGAAGACCGGAGACAAAUGCAGUGUUGUUCCAGGGUGCAGGUGGGACCGCUACGGCCCAGACUGCUCCCUGCAGUGCCAGUGUGCCAGCGGAUCCCAGUGCAAUCCUCACAACGGGAACUGCGUCUGUCCGGCCACGUGGACGGGGCCAACCUGCAAGGAAGGUGGCCCUCCAAAACUUCCCUUUUAUGAAGAGCAAACGCAAGAAAGAGAGAAUGUUUUUCCAAGAGCUCUGCAACAGUAACAUUUGGAUUAAUAAAUGAACUGUUUUAUAUGCACAGACGGUAUUUGAAUUUGGAUAUGAAAAUGGCUAUUCAAUUCAGCUUGAAUGGUACUGAAGUAUUCACACUUCUUAUGGAAGACUACAGAGGCCAUUUAGUAGCUGGAUCCUUUUAAAAAGUCGAAUCUGUUUUAUGUAUAUUUAUUCCUAGCCUCUUGCCCCUCAAUUAAUCUGAACUGGACAUUCUUUCUGAUUUAUAAUACAAUUCAUUGUUUGAAAGCUUGGACACAUUUUUAGUAAAACCAGCUCCAGAGUAUCAGGAUAAACAGUAUGGAACGUAUCAACUUACAGUGAGCCACACUAACUUUAAGUGACUUUCUAAACCCACUUGACAACCAGAGUGAAGUUAAAUGAGUUUUUCGUAGAUCAUGAAGCUGAUAUGGAUCCACUGCAAAAUCACAUUGACCAGAGGCUCCCAGAAUUCCCUGAAUUAAUGCCUCUUGAAAUAGCAUCAUAUGUUAUAUAAAA